AGCGUGGCGAGGAUCGGUUCCGGGUGAGGCUGGCCCCCCUAGGAGGAAGAUGGAGGCAGCGGCCGCUCUCCCCUCAGGGCGGCUCCUGUUGCUGGUGCUAGUCGGGCUGGGCCUGGCCCAGGCGGACGGGGGGCCCCGCACCCUGGUGCUGCUGGAGAACAUCAACCUGCGGGACACGCACUCGCUCUUCCUCCGGAGCCUGGCGGAUAGAGGCUUUGACCUCACCUUCAGGACUGCUGAUGACCCUGGCCUGUCCCUCAUAAAAUAUGGAGAAUUUCUGUAUGACAACUUGAUUAUUUUCUCCCCAUCUGUAGAAGAUUUUGGCGGAAACAUCAAUGUGGAGACAAUUACUGCUUUCAUCGAUGGAGGCGGAAGUGUCCUUGUGGCUGCCAGUUCUGACAUUGGUGAUCCUCUGCGAGAGCUGGGCAGUGAGUGUGGAAUAGAGUUUGAUGAGGAAAGGACAGCAGUCAUUGACCAUCACAACUAUGAUAUCUCAGACCCAGGCCAGCACACGCUCAUUGUCGCAGACUCUGAAAAUCUACUGAAGGCUCCCACCAUUGUGGGGAAAACGCCAUUAAACCCUGUUCUCUUCCGAGGAGUUGGGAUGGUGGCUGAUCCUGAUAACCCUCUGGUCCUAGAUAUCUUGACAGGCUCCUCUACAUCUUACUCCUUCUUCCCAGAUAAGCCCAUCACACAGUACCCUCAUGCUGUUGGGAAGAAUACCCUUUUGAUUGCUGGUCUCCAGGCCAGGAACAACGCCCGUGUCGUUUUCAGUGGCUCCUUGGAUUUCUUCAGCGAUGCUUUCUUCAACUCUGCUGUGCAGAAAGCUACACCUGGCUCUCAGAGGUACUCUCAGACUGGUAACUACGAGCUGGCUAUUGCCUUGUCCCGCUGGGUAUUCAAGGAAGAGGGUGUGCUGCGGGUUGGAGAGGUAUCUCACCAUCGUGUAGGGGAGAGAUCACCACCUAAUGCCUACACUGUCACCGACCUCGUGGAGUACAACAUUGUGAUUGAAAAGCUCUCUGACGGGAAGUGGGUCCCCUUUGAUGGAGAUGAUAUUCAGCUGGAGUUUGUCCGCAUUGAUCCAUUUGUAAGGACUUUUCUGAAGAAAAAUGGUGGCAGAUACAGUGUGCAGUUCAAGCUGCCGGAUGUCUAUGGAGUGUUUCAGUUUAAAGUGGACUAUAACAGGCUGGGAUACACCCACCUGUACUCCUCUACACAGGUAAAUAGUGUGAACUGUCUUGUCCGUGUGGUAGGAAAUGUAAGAGUACUGGUUGAGAUUUCAAGUCAGGUACUUAAACUUUGCAAAUGGGCUGUUAAUCUUAAUUACCAUGUAGUUGCAUCCAGCCUUCCUUUGUGUGUGAAAUGGAUUUACAAGCUAUCUUACUCUGUUACCAUCUUCAGUUCUAUUUAGGAAGGCCUGGAAAUA